AUGGGACAUGAGGAGCAUGGAGGGACUUGGCACAUGGAAGCAGCUCAACUGGAUACGCAAAGGAAGAAGGGAGAAGCCAUCUUGAAGACCAGCUCGACCGUCUACUCGACCAACCGGUCGAGUUCCUCAACUCGACCGGCCAAGCUUCAACUCGAUCGAGCUGAGAAUCCGCGUCAGUACCCCCAUGCACUUUCAAUUGGUAUCGGAGCGGGCUCUUGUGCAUAUUGCAAAGCUGCAAACAAGGGAGAUUCCUGCGGAGAAGAUGGAGGGUUACCAAGAGCGAAUUCCCAGUACAUCAUGGCGCUUCAAGAAGGACCAUCAACCUCAAGAGCGGAGAUGCUUCAGCAAUUAACUUUGAUCAGUUAUGAACUCAAGCAGGGGGAGAAUUAUUAUGGAGCUAUAAUUGCUGAGUUCACAACCAUGGUCAAAGAGGGAGAGAGUGUUGGAGGAAUCAAGAAAAUCGAUGGUGUUCAAUUAAGGGAGAGCUAG